AUGGAUCCAAGAUCCAUCUUGUUCCUGCUCACAGACUACGUGCGCUACAAGCCCGUGCUCCUCCUGCAGGGCAUCAGCCUCAUCCUCACGUGGCUCCUGCUGCUCUUUGCACAUGGAGUGGUGGCCAUGCAGCUGGUGGAAUUCUUCUAUGGCAUGGUCACAGCCACCGAGGUGGCCUAUUACGCCUACAUCUACAGCGUGGUCAGCAGCCAGCACUACCAGAGGGUCACCAGCUACUGCAGGAGCGUCACUCUGGUGGCAGCCACCGUGGCCGCCGUGCUGGGACAGCUGCUGGUGUCCUUGGCGCACGUCUCCUACUUCUACCUCAACGCCAUCACCUUGGCUUCCGUGUCCCUGGCGCUCGUGUGCGCCUUCUUCCUGCCCAUGCCCCAGAGGAGCAUGUUCUUCCACAGGAAAGAUGCCCCUGAGCCUCUGCCAGGGCCCGAUAAAGGGCCGGCUGCGGGCGCUGCCCACGGGCCCUGGAGCUGCCCAGAGGAAAGGAGCCCCAGUGCUGCUGCCAGGGGCCCGAGCCCCCAGCCCCAGGCUGGGAACAGCAGGCCCCACAGGCACACGCUCAGCGUGCUGCUGCAGCUGGGCAGGGACCUGAGGGAUUGCUACGGCUCCCGCCCGCUCCUCUACUGGUCCUUGUGGUGGGCUCUGGCCACGGCCGGCUUUAACCAGGUCGUGAAUUAUGUCCAGGUGCUGUGGGACUUGCGAGCCCCCUCCCACAGCUCCCCAGUCUACAACGGAGCUGUCGAAGCAAUAGCAACUUUUCUGAGCUCAGUAACAUCUUUCCUAGUACAAUAUAUAAAGAUUAACUGGGACCAUUUUGGAGAACUGGCUUUAGGGAUCUUCUCUGUAAUAGAUGCCGGUUGUCUGUUUCUCAUGCACUUCUCUACCAACAUCUGGGCAUGUUAUGCUGGAUACCUCAUUUUCAAGGCAUGCUACGUGCUCCUCCUGACAAUAGCAACGUUCCAGAUCGCUGUCAACCUGAGCAUGGAACGCUAUGCCCUGAUGUUUGGAUUCAACAACUUCAUUGCCCUGCUGAUUCAGACCAUUCUCACAAUAGUUGUUGUAGAUUCAAAAGGCCUGGGACUGGACAUAGUGACUCAAUUUUUAAUUUAUGGAAGCUACUUCGUAGUCAUACAUGGGAUUUUCAUGAUCAGAAGCAUUUGUGUGCUGGUUUCAUGCAAAUGCCAAAGGAAAAUAGCAAGAUCUUGCACAGAGCAGCUGAACCAAGCUGAGCACGAGUCAAGAGAGCAGAUUGUCACAAGCUACAUGACACGGCUGUAGGAGGCAGGCAGGCUGGAGAAGGUC